AUGCCUAAAGGCGGUAAAAACCGGAGACGAGGAAAGAACGAGAAUGACGACGACAAGCGCGAGUUGGUCUUCCGUGAAGACGGACAAGAAUACGCUCAGGUGACGAAGAUGUUAGGCAACGGGCGUCUGGAGGCUAUGUGUUUCGAUGGAGAGAAGCGGUUAGCCCAUAUCCGAGGGAAAAUGCGGAAAAAGGUUUGGAUAAACCAAGGAGACAUCGUGCUCCUUUCGUUGCGAGAAUUCCAGGACGACAAGGCAGAUGUCAUCGUGAAGUAUACACCUGACGAGGCACGCAAUUUGAAAGCAUACGGCGAGCUGCCAGAGAAUGCCAAGCUCAACGAGUCCAACCCUCUCGACGAGGAGGAGGGUGAAUGUACAUUCGAGUUUGGUGAUGAGGGAGAUGUAGACAUUGAUGAUAUCUAG